AUGGAAUUGUCUCUAGAAGACAAAAUCAAACUGAUAAAAGAGUCAGAGAUAUUGCCUGAACCUACACUCUGGAUGCUGCUAAAAGAGUCAGAGAUAUUGUCUGAACCUACACUCUGGAUGCUGCUAAAAGAGUCAGAGAUAUUGCCUGAACCUACACUCUGGAUGCUGCUAAAAGAGUCAGAGAUAUUGCCUGAACCUACACUCUGGAUGCUGCUAGGGAAAUAUGGGUAUGGAUUAUCAACUGGGGACCAGGCCCACCCCGCCGCUGACGAUACGUGUAUAGUGGAGAUCAAUCUGGGAUAUCGGGUACCAUUCCGCGGUCUCGGGUACAGACGAAUUUACAUUUGCCCGAAUGGCCUUAUUUGCUUCAAGCAACCGUUUUCGGGUUAUGUCCCACCAAGAAAUAGUCGAGGUUACAGCGCAGACUUCAAGGGCGCCGUUUGCAUCGCGCCUUAUUUUGCAGAUCUAAUAGUGACACAUAAUCAGUUGUUUUACCAGUCGUAUGACUUCUCAACUGUUAGUAAUGCUAACGUGAACGUUAAGGUGAAGGGAUUUGUUAACGAAAGCUAUGGCGAGGCAAAUUUCGAGCCCAUCUAUGUGCUGAAGGCCACGUGGAAUGCGGCAAAAAGAUUUGGAGGAAAUGAUAUUGUUACGUUCCAAGUCAUAUUUACAAGCAACGGGACACAUUCGUACUCGUUCAACUGGUACUAUGACGGCGGAAUGCUUGAUUCGUUUGACUCACCAUUUAUUGGUUACAUCGCUGACGGUAACUAUGAGGGCCUUGACAACACAGAAGACGGCAGUUUCUUACGACGAGCUGAUAAAAAUCUAAAACUUAACAGAACAUGGAAUUCCGAAUGCCUGUUUGUCCUUGCUUUUAUGAUUGGUUGCGAUGGGACCGGAGCUUCAGUUUGUGGGACGCCACUUGGCACUCGACUAACGUCAUCCACGUACAUAUGGAACCCGCACGAAGGUUAUGGCCAUAUGGAAAGCCAUCAGUUGGAGGACCUGCACUUUAAGGAUGUGUGUUGUGAGAGGACAGAUCUUUGUGGUCUGUACUGGGAAGUCAGGCCUCUCGUUUCGCAAUGUUAUUCGUGGUUCCCGUUCUCUCUGGAAGCCCGAGGAGUUGGUGAUCCUCACUUUAACACGUUAGAUGGCGCAACCUACACCUUCAACGGCCAUGGCGAAUACGUGAUGAUGAAAAUAAUUGAACAAGGUUUAGCCCUCGAGAUCCAGUGCCGAACACGGCGAGCAAAGAAAGUCACAGGCGAUCUCUCUGACGCUACCGUGUUCUCCGGCUUUGCGAUACAGGGCGAUAGGGUCUGGAUGCAAGUGGAGCUAAAUGAGGCUGGGGACAAGACACAGCUUUUCGUGGGCACGAGUAAUACCUCGUGGGCGGACUAUACGAAUGACUUCUACAAAAAUGAAACUAUGGUUAUCAAAUCGGACACGGGACUGACCGUGUCAAGAAACAUGUCUGAAAAAACGAUUUGGGCUUUCUUCAGUGAUUCAGGGAUGACUACCGCACAAGAGUCAAUUUUCAAGUAUGCGGACGGCUAUACCCACGCCAAUUUUAUACAGGAGAACUUUACUCCGAAAUUCCUGGAGGAAGCAAACGCUACAUUGCGAGCGGAAGCAGAACAGAAGUGCAAUGCAAACCUUCAGUGUGUAUUUGAUUUUAUCUUCACCGGAAAUGAGCAACUUGCAAGGGAGACCGAAAGGACGGAAGAGCUUGCAGUACUGGCAAAUGAGGCAGCAAGCAACCAAAUUCCGAAUAUAACUGUGGUAACUGGAACACAGAUGGUCGACAACAAGAAUAUUUUGAUACUGAACGUAAACGAAACAAAGUCAAUAACAGUGAAAGGAGAAGACGAUGGAAGCACGUUGAAUUACUCCGUACUCGGCAACUCCGGUGCUACGCUUGGCAUAGAACUAGAGGACAAAUCUAGAAACAUCACGUUGAAAGUGACCGACACUUCUGCUAAGAGUCUCAGUAUCACUGUUACUGACAGCAAGAAUGUGAGCGCUCCCAUUCUGGACAUUGUCAUCGUGGUGUGUUCUCUGUGUAGCGGUCACGGCACGUGCAACACGAGCGUUUUGAGAGAGGCCCAGGGCAACCCUAACUACAACUUAGCAACAUGCCAAUGCGAGCCGUACUGGACAGAUAUCAACGAGUGUGAUGAGUCGACUAGCGGCUGUGAACAUAUCUGCAACAACACCCAGGGCAGCGUCACAUGUUCCUGCUUCUCCGGAUUCGUGUACAAUUCAACAUCAAAACAAUGCAAGCAAGAUACGCCACCCGGCGUCUGUAUAGGUAAAUGUAACGGUACAGACGGAUGUGUGGAUGCUAACAACACAGCCAAGUGUUUCUGCAAAGCUGGUUACAAGCUGAACGGUAACAACACAAGUUGCAUAUUAACGAGUGCGAUACAAUUAAACCAUGUUCCCAACAAUGCAAUAACAGUGAUGGAAGUUACCAGUGCAGUUGUUACGAUGGAUACACACUUGGAGUUGACAAAACCACUUGUGAAGAUGAAUCGACUAAAAUUUUUAGAUAUCGACGAGUGUGCAGCUGGCGUAUCAGGGUGUACACAUAUUUGCUUUAACUACGCCGGUCGGUUCAGCUGCGACUGUUACUUUGGGUUCCAACUUCAGGACGACCGACAGACUUGCGUUUUAGCAAAUGACGUGUGUAUGAAAGAGUUCCCAGACAACGGCUGCUCAGACAUUUGUAGAGCGGACCUGCAAAACAAGACCUACAAGUGCCUAUGUAACACCGGUUACAAGCUUGGUGCUGACAACAAAGCGUGCAUAGAUAUAAACGAGUGUGAAGAUUCGUUUUUGAACGAAUGCUCACAGACGUGUGUAAAUACUCGUGGGGGUUAUACGUGCGCGUGCAAUACGGGCUUCAAACUAGCCAAUGACCUACGCACUUGUGAUGUCUGCGACCCUUUCCACUAUGGCGACAACUGCACUACCUUGUGUGGCUGCGAUGUGGGAGCCGAGAGGUGUGACAGCGUGACAGGAUGCGUGUGCAAGCAGGGCUGGAUCGGCGCCAAGUGCAACAUAGAUGAAAAUGAGUGCGCUGAUCCAAACAGAUGUCCGGGUAGUAACACAAUGUGCUCCAAUCUACCCGGCUCUUACCAGUGUGGCUGCAUGACGGGUUAUACAAAAGAGGGUGCAAUCUGCGUUGAUAUAGACGAAUGCUUGAAGUCCAACGAUUGUGAGCAGAUUUGCACGAACACAGUGGGUAGCUACAAGUGCAGUUGUAAUCCAGGUUACGUACAAAAUGAAAAAGAGUGCACAGACAUUGAUGAGUGCACGAACGGACAGUCUGGUUGCGCCCAGGUGUGCACAAACACCGACGGGCGCUUCCGUUGCUCAUGUAACGAGUUUUACCUGCUUGCCGACGACAAAAAGGCGUGUUUACCGCAAGAAAAGUGUUCUACCCCAAACCUAUGCACAAACGGAGUUUGUGCGAUGAUACAUGCCACAGAAACAUGCACGUGCAAUGCAGGCUUUCAGUUCAAGGCAGGAAACAUAACCGUGUGCGAAGAUAUUAAAGAAUGUGCAAAGAAUCCGAAUCCCUGCUCGCAAUCAUGCUUAGAGACAGAAGGCAGCUAUGAAUGCGCGUGUAACCAGACAGGCUACCAGCUGGCUGAGGACAAGACAACUUGCAUAAACUGCUCCGCUGGGAAAUUCGGUCAAAACUGCACACAGACCUGCGUUUGCGUAGAAGCUAACACUGAGUCAUGUGCACGUGAUACUGGUACAUGUACGUGUAAGGCAGGCUGGAUAGGGACCAAGUGCGAUGAAGACAAAAACGAGUGUAGUACAAACCCUUGUACCGCGAAUUCCACGUGCCAAAACACGAAUGGGUCAUACGUUUGCGACUGCAAUUCUGGCUACAUUAAAUCUGCAGAUGGAACAUGUCAAGUUUGCCGGUCCUGGCAAUAUGGAGCCAGAUGUGCGAGUGACUGUGAGUGUGACACUAACAAUUCGCUUAGUUGCUCAAACACCAAUGGAACAUGUAUGUGUAAAAACGGAUGGCGAGGAGACAACUGCACCACGAACGUCAAUGAAUGCGAAGCUACUACAACCAUUUGCAAUGACUCUUUGAAGACUUGCAAGGAUGAGCUGGGGUCUUAUACAUGCAACUGUCUUUAUGGGUACACAUUGCUAGACGGUGUAUGUACAGAUAUAGACGAGUGUUUGGAAGGUACAGAUAACUGCACUCAGAUGUGUAACAAUACGGUUGGGGGAUUUGAAUGUGGAUGUAACCCUGGCUUCAGCGGCUCUGGAAAUAAUUGCGUUGCUUGUGCGGAUGGCAAAUGGGGUGUACAGUGUAACAGGAGUUGUGGAUGCGUAGCGAGCAACACACAAAUAUGUGACAAGGCCACCGGUUGCACAUGCAAGACUGGAUGGCAGGGAACCACGUGUAGUGAAGAUCGAGAUGAAUGCACAGAAGGGACUCACACCUGUCGGCAAUAUUCCACGUGUUUCAAUAAUAACGGAUCAUUCACCUGUCCAUGCAGUUUCGGAUAUACUGAUGUUUCCAAUGUAUGCACAGCAUGCAGUAACAAUAAAUAUGGAGACGGUUGUAACACGCCGUGUAACUGCACAGCCACCAACACGCUAACACCAACGCAGUCAUGCAAUAACGUUAACGGGACGUGCAUGUGCACAUCCCAAUGGCAAGGACCGACGUGUAUCACUGAUGUUGACGAAUGCCAGCUCGGAACUCACAAUUGUAACGCCAACCUCAAAAAGUUCUGUCACAAUACUAACGGAGGGUUUGAAUGCUCCUGUCUGACAGGCUUUAAGGAAGGAGCUAGCGGAGAAUGCGUGGCGGAAGGCACCAUGACCACAACAUUACCCCAAAGUGAAAACGCUGUCGUAAUUUCCGUCAGGAUUAAUAUUGCCGAAUCUAAAGUCAAAAAUUUGAACUUUUCUGUGAAGGCGACGUUCGAUGAGUGGGCAACCAAAUUGUCUAAAAUGAUUUUUACUUACUUUUCGAACCCUAUGGGGAGCAAACUAAAGCAGGUGACAAUUCACAGUAUAAAAAUUGGUAGCUUGGAUGUGAACGCAUCCCUUAUAAAAGAAAAGAGCGAGGUGGCGUCACAAGUCUUCACACAAGCGUCACAAGACUUGAUAAACGGUACACUGGUCUUGGACGGCGAAUCGUUACCGUCGAAUCUCUACGCAAUCAACGGGAUACCCAUUGAUACGAAAAAAACUGCGUAUGAACAAACGUGUGCUAUCUACCUGAGUGAUCGUGGCCAGUGCGAUAACAACUACGCAUGCGUGGUGGUCGAUGAAAGGCCUUCCUGCGAAUCUGUCAAGAAGGAUGACGAUUUAGGACUGGUGCUUGGUCUUGGAAUUGGCAUUCCGCUGGGUCUGAUCGCCUGUCUGGCUGCAGCCGUUAUCAUCAUUUAUGCAUUAAGAAACCGACGCAGGAAGCAAUCAACUGAUAACGAAAGGGACUCGAUCAACAAUGGCUUCUUCACACGCGGAAUACCGGUUAAAAUAGAUACAUGGGGCCGACACGACCCUUCGUAUAAGCAGCAAAGCCGCCAAUGGGACUCCUCGUCCUCCUCCAACUUCUCUGACGACUACCGGUCGAGUCGACUUUAUAAGGGCAUUGAAUAUCCGGCAUAUAGGGGCAUUGACUAUCCGGCACAGGAUCGAUAUGUAUACGAUAAUCAACAGCAGCCUUCGAACUUCUCGUGGGACUUCAUAUACAAAUACAUAUCUCCGGACGAUUCUUAUCGCAUUCAGCGACCAGUGACCGAAAGAAGGCCAAACCCUAUAUUCGAGGGCACAAACAUGUGAAUGGAUAUAGUAUAAACUUAGCCAGUCAACAUAUAUGCUGUCAUGCAUAACGUCUUCAAAAGAGCAUUCAUCUCAUCAAUUGUUCCUUAAUAUCACAGAACAGAACAGAAUAGUUAAUUUGACUUAAGCAUAUACAGCUCAUCGUCGUUAACAUACAUAUACAAUAGCAGCAUGCGUUACAAUUAAAUACAAAAUAUACAUCAUUCGAAAGAAGAUCGAUUAAACAAAGAAUGAAAUACAACAUGUUUAAGUGAGAAUGUCACAUGGAAGACGUUAAUACUGGGUGACCACUUCAUGUAAAAAGUUGUUUAAUGCUUGCAACAAGUAUUACAUUAUUAUACGCUUAGUGGCUAUAUGAAAGAUAUAUAAUAUAUAGCAAGUUUCAAGAGUGUUUGUUGGAAAAAAAACGGCAAAACGCAACUAACCAUUGAUAAACAAGUAAACACAGUAUAGUCAAAGUGUAUCAAUGAAUUACAAAUACAAUCAAGUAAAUACAAUUUUCUACAAUGAAACAUGUUCACAUAUAUUAGACAUUUUCUCGCAUUUCAAAGCCUUUUAAACAAAACAUGGCUAAUUUUCUUAACACAUUUUUCUUUGAACUAUUAAGUAAUUCGAUAAAUAUCGUUUUGCUGAUGAUUUACAACAGUAGUUCCGGUGAUACAAUGUCCAUUUAAAUGACUGUUGUGUAAUUUGUUAAUAGUUAUCUCAAUAAAAAGCUAGUGUGACUUUAUUGUAUCUGUUUGAUAUAUGACUCCGUUUUUGUACAUAUCUUUCUCUCACACGGUGCUCCAAAUACGAAAUAGUUGUUUCUUAUCUUAGAUAUCAUCGAAAUGUAAAUAAAGCAUUAGCUUGUUUUGGGUUAUGUACGGUUGCACAUGCUUCGAGUCACACAGUAUUAAUUAGAAUUGAUAUAUUGAUUAUUUUUACUGAAGAAAACAUUUGAUUGUUGAAAUGAUAAACCAUUGUUUGAUAUUGUAUAAUUUCGAGUUUCGAUAUACGUGUACAAUAUCACACCAAGUACAUCGGAAUGAUGGUAUUUCAUAAGAUUGCCUUACAAAUGACGAGAAUCUUAAUGAUCUUUUCCUAUAAUCGACACAAGUCGCAAUUUUAGAUUGUUUAAAUAAAUAUUUUUGUGUGGUCGCGACUUAGGUCUUCUCCGUUGUUGCAAAUGGGAAGAACAUAGUUAAUAUAUACCCAUAUUCAUAUUGUGUCAAGAAUAUACUUUAUGUUUGUUUGAUGUUGCAUCAAACUGUAAUCAAAGUUAAA